AUGAUGAGUGACAAUGAGCUAGAUAAAGCCUAUCAUAAUCUGGGUAUGGCAGCAGAGACUCUUUCAGUAGCAAUAGGUCUUGAAGAGAAGGAUAAAAAGUUAGUAAUGGGUGGUAUCGAUGUUGAUGAUGCUAGUCUUAGUAGUAGUAGAGGGUUAAUAGGGAAAUACCCUAUAGGUUGGGAGGCUAGGAUCAUACAUAUGGAGGAAAAGGAUAGGGUACAUAAAGAGAAGAUGAGAGCUGAACAAAAGGAAAGGGAAAAGAGGAUAUUGGCACGAUAUGAACUAGAGAAGGAGAAGAAAGCAGAAUGGAAGAAGACUAUGUUGAAGUCAGUUGAAGCUAAGGAGAUAGCAUCUAGACAAGUACACUUUAAAUGGAGACAACAUCAUGUUGCUGCUUCCAAUCCUACUACUACUACUACUACUAAAGUAGUAGGAAGAGGAGGAGGAGGUCGAGGAGGAGAACAACACCAGAUUGUUGAGUCUGGGAAGAAGGGGAGAGUUAUGGUAAUAUUGGAUAAAAGGAGGAGGAGUCGAUGGGAUGAUGAUGAUGAUGACCAUGACACAAUACAUACAAUAGAUGAUAAUGAGCAUCAUAAUGAGCUUACUCCAGAGAACAUACUCGAUGCUUU